AUGUACCCAGCCCGCGGAUACCCGGGUACCUGCCAAGACGUACCCAGCCCGCGGAUACCCGGAUACCAACCAAGACAUACCCAGCCCGCGGAUACCCUGGUACCCGCCAAAAUGUACCCAGCCCGCGGAUACCCGGGUACCCGCCAAAAUAUACCCAGCCCGCAGGAACCCUGGUACCCGCCAAAAUGUACCCAGCCCGCGGAUACCCGGGUACCUGCCAAGACGUACCCAGCCCGCGGAUACCUGGGUACCAACCAAGACAUACCCAGCCCGCGGAUACCCUGUUACCCGCCAAAAUGUAUCCAGCCCGCAGACACCCUGGUACCCGCCAAAAUGUUACCAGCACGCGGAUACCCUGGUACCUGCCAAGACGUACCCAGCCCGCAGAUACCCUGGUACCCGCCAAAAUGUAACCAGCCCGCGGAUACCCGGGUACCUGCCAAGACGUACCCAGCCCGCGGAUACCUGGGUACCGGCCAAGACGUACCCAGCCCGCGGUUACCCGGGUACUUGCCAAGACGUACCCAGCCCGCGGAUUCCCGGGUACCGGCCAAGACGUACCCAGCCCGCGGAUACCCGGGUACCCGCCAAGACGUACCCAACCCGCGGAUACCCUGGUACCCGCAUUUACAUCAAAACGUGCGUUGUUGUUUAUGCUCUUUAACUGUUGUGCCUUAA